AUACUUAAGUUAAUUUCUAUCUGUCAACAAAUAUGGAGGGGCCUCGUCUAAGAGAGUGCAGCGCCGCCUACGCCUCCCAUGCUCCUCCGCUACUUCACUCACUUAAGCCCUCUCGCAGAACGGGCUCAAACCGUUUGUUUGCGACAGUUUACGCGUGUGCCAUCAUAGCUUUGUUCUAUCGCCAUGCACAUAUACUCCUCUACUCCAAAACCAUAGUUUCUUUCUAUGUAACUCUAACGUUGUUCAUCUCUGAUCUUAUCCUCGCCUUCAUGUGGGUUAACGGACAGGCUUUCCGCAUGCGUCCGGUUUACCGUAAAGAAUACCCCGAAAACAUAGAAAAGGUCAUGAAAACAAGUGAUUUGCCAGCGUUGGACAUUUUCAUUUGCACGGCGGAUCCAUACAAGGAGCCGCCAGUGAGUGUGGUGAACACAGCCUUAUCAGUAAUGGCCUAUGAUUAUCCAACAGAGAAGAUUUCUGUCUACGUGUCGGACGAUGGAGGAUCGACUUUGACUCUCUUUGCUUUCAUGGAAGCUACUAAGUUUGCUGCCCACUGGUUACCUUUCUGUAGAAAGAACGAUAUAGCGGAGAGGAGCCCGGAUGAAUAUUUUGCAUCUAAUCAUUCAAGGAGCUCUGAAACUGAGAAGAUUAAGACAAUGUAUGAGAGCAUGAAAGUGAGAAUUGAACACGUUGUUGAAACCGGAAAAGUUGAUGAAUACAUAACCAACGAUCAAGACCGUCAGGCUUUCAGUAAAUGGAGUACUGAUGGAUUUACCCGUCAAAAUCACCCAUCUGUGAUUCAGGUUUUAUUGGAGAAAAACAAAGACAGAGACAUCACAGGCCAUUGGUUGCCAAACCUGGUUUAUGUGUCUAGGCAGAAAAGCAAGACCUUUCCUCACCAUUUCAAAGCUGGAGCCCUCAAUGUCCUGGUUCGAGUUUCGGCUGCCAUGACCAAUGCACCAAUAAUUUUAACCUUAGACUGUGACAUGUAUUCGAAUGAUCCGAGAACACCUCUCCGUGCCCUGUGUUAUAUGUUAGACCCUGAAAUUCAGAACAACUUGGCUUACAUUCAGUUUCCUCAAGAAUACCAUGGGCUCAAUAAGAGUGACAUUUAUGCUUGUGAGCAUAAGCGUUUGUUUAAACUUAAUCCUAUUGGCUUUGAUGGGCUAUCCGGCCCUAAUUAUGUGGGAACGGGCUGUUUUUUUCUCCGGCGCGCUUUGUUUGGUGGCCCAUCAACUUUGGUUUUACCGGAAAUCAGGGAAAUAAGUCCAGAUUAUAUCGUAAACAAGCCCAUUACUGCCCAAUCAGUUGCUGAAUUGGCAUACCAAGUUGCUGGAUGCAAUUAUGAAAACCAGACCGAAUGGGGUUGUAAGAUUGGAUUUAGAUAUGGGUCACUUGUGGAGGACUAUUACACAGGUUUUCGCCUGCAAUGUGAAGGAUGGAGGUCCAUAUUCUGCUAUCCUGAAAGGGCUGCAUUUCUGGGAGAUGUACCCUUCAACACUCUUGAUGUUCUUGGCCAGAACAAGAGGUGGGCAAUCGGCCUCCUUGAAGUGGCUUUUUCAAGAUACAGUACCAUAACUUUUGGUGUCAAAUCUAUGGGGCUUUUCAUGGGGCUAGGUUAUUCAUACUAUGCAUUCUGGGCUACUUUGUCAAUUCCAAUCGCUACAUAUUCCUUUCUCCCUCAGCUUGCUCUCCUUAACGGAGUCAGUAUCUUCCCAAAGGUCUCAGAACCAUGGUUUCUCCUUUACAUGUUCCUCUUCCUUGGAGCAUAUGGGCAAGAUUUCUUGGACUUUGUUGUAGGUGGAGGAACAAUCCAAAGAUGGUGGAGUGAUCAGAGAAUGUGGAUGAUGAGAGGACUUUCAUGUUACUUGUUUGGAUUAACUGAGUUCCUGCUUAAGUCCAUUGGCAUUCCGACUCAGGGUUUCAAUGUGACCAGCAAGGUAAUCGACAAUGAGCAAAGCAAAAGAUAUGACCAAGGCCUUUUUGAGUUUGGAGUACCAUCGCCCAUGUUCGUAACACUAACAAUGGCAGCAAUAAUCAACCUAUUCUCAUUCUCCUACGGACUGAUACAUUUUCUCAAUGGCAGCAACAAGGAAGGGCUUUUUAUCCAGUUGUUCCUAUCAGCGUCAAUCGUGAUGAAUUGCCUGCCAAUUUACCAAGCCAUUGCAUUGAGGAGUGACAAAGGAAAAAUGCCUAUUAGCACCACCAUUACUGCAACAGUUCUGGCAUCUGCUAUUUAUGCAGUAGCUACUAUCGUUCUCAAGUGAUGCUAGCAGAUCAGGAACACUGUUCUUUUCUGUUCUCUUUAAUUCUAUCAUGCUCUUUUUUAUCUCAAGAGAUUAAAAUUUUAGGAUAUACAUAUAAUACUUAU